UAUCGAUGCUGACAUCCAAUGUUUAUUUAUGAUCUUCUUGUCAACUGUUAUCUACAGCGUUGUCAACAUUGUGUCAUGUCUUGGGAUUUCAAGGUUCGCCUGGAUGUCUUAGGCAGAGAAGAAAUUCGUUUCAUUCAAAUCCCCAAUCAUUACCAGAGCAAUUAUAAUUAUCUAAGGGAAAAAGUCGCCAGUAGUUUUCCAGUAUUAAAUCACCACGAUUUUUCCAUUUACUGGAUAGAUGCCGAAGGGGAUAAAAUAAAAAUUAAAUCAGAUGGUGAUCUUAUGGUUGCAACAAGGAGACUUACUUUUUGUCCUGUGAGGAAGUUAUAUGUUACAUUAAAUACACCACAAGAUAAUCUUACUAACUACCUCAACAGUAAUAGAACUGUCGAUCAUAUUAUGAGCAUGCUAAAAGACAGUAGACCAAUCCAUACUGGAAUACAUUGUGAUUGGUGCCAGCAAAGUCCUUUGCAGGGCUUCAGGUACAAGUGCUUAGUCUGUCCCGAUUACGAUUUAUGUCUCAAUUGUGAAAAGUCUGGAAAUAUUCACUCACACCACCUUAUGGUAAGGCUUCCGGUGCCUUUGAAUUCUGUAAGUCAAUUUUCUUUUUUUUAAAUUUUUACCAAGUAAAUAUAUCAUAUUUCAAAUAAAAGUAAUAUUUAUACAAUAGUUUGUUUGUCUAAAAUACUUAUAAGAAUACUAUUUUAGGUAAACCGUUCCUGAAAGUGAAGCUGACCUAUAAAGAGGAAGAAAAUGUGCAAUAUUCGAAGUGACACGAAGUAUUUUGAUAUUGACAAGUUUAUCAAUGCAUCCGAUCGCAGAGAGACGUUGUGAUUUUAAAGUAUGUUAACAAAACAUGAAAUAAGUUGUUGUAAUUGGAACAUUUUAAUGUUUUGAAAAUAUAAAAGUAUAUUUAUUUUUCUACUUAAUAUUUGAUGACAUACUUUCAAAUAAACCUUUUUUCUGUGCCAAGCGUAUAGUAAUAGAGAGGGUACAUUGGAAAUAAACUGAGUGUCGGGGAUCAACCUACUGAAGAGGUCUUGUUGUUUUGAACCAUUUUCAAGUCUGUGUCUAAUUUUCUCUUCAGAAAAUUUCAUAUUUGUCUGUAAUUUGGUAAAAAGCAACAUGUUAUAGCCAUUUUUGGCAUAGGCAUAGUAUGCUUCUUCUUAGGGAAUAGAAUCUUUUGUUUUUGGUCCAUAUCAUACUUGAAAACUAUGUUAAGACUGAAAAAGUAAGGGUACUAAUUGGACUUAAUUGUGAGAUUUUUAAAAAUUUCUAUUCUGCUAAAGAUUCUUAUAGUAUUUUGCCACCAUUGUAAAUUUAUUUUAUUUUUGUAAGUAUUAAAAAGCCAUAAGUAUGUAAAAGUUUGAAAAUAAAAUGAAUUUUUAUUUAG